AUGAUUUGUUGGGCCUCUUAUUACGUGUUCAUGGUUGAACUUUUGCUCUACUUGAAUCUCCACAAUAUGACUCCAACAGCAGCCUCAAAAUCAACCCGAACUGCGAGCUUAACUGACUUAUUGAAAUGUAAAUUGUCACAACUUGGUACCGAGUAUAUGGGAUUUACCAUGACAACUGCAGGUGGCAUUCGAUGUCAGAUGUGGUAUUCAGAAAAACCUAUCCAUAAAGUCAGCGAAGCUAUCACUGACAAAGAUUUUCCCGAAAGAUCUUUACAACUUGCUCGAAAUUAUUGUAGAAACCCAACGAAAGAUCCAAAGGGUCCUUGGUGUUAUACGAUGGAGUCUACUCUCAUCGAUGAUACGUGUGAAGUACCCCUUUGUAAUUAUGGAGGUGAAUUUGCUUCCUUUUUGGAGCUAUUUUGUUUUCUUCACCCAUUCAGCCAUAGUGGUGCCGAGUAUGGCGGAACCCAUGAUAUAAGUUUGUCUGGUAGAAAAUGUAAGUCUUGGAAUAAACGACUUAAGCUGGCAGUUAAUAAGACUGAAAAAUUUUCCAACAAUCGCUUUCCAGAUUUAUCCCGUAAGAAAGCCAAAAAUUUUUGUAGAAAUCCAGAUGAUAGCACAGGCGGACCAUGGUGUUAUGUUGAUUCACACGAUUACGAAAUCGUUGAAAGGGAAUACUGUAGUAUUCCCUUUUGUGACGAUAAAGAUUGUCUCGUAUAUUCCAAGAAUGCUUCAGUAUACUCAAUCUUAACUUCCAUGAACAGCACUAUUGGUAACAUAACAUUUUGGAUGAAACUAUGGAACCCUGCAGACGAGCAAGUAGCUGAGGCCAGACUCUUGUUUAGUCAUUUACAAGUACCAACGUCAGCUAAGGUGAUGGCACAAGAAUGGAGAGCAGGGGUGGAGAUUGUCAUAUCAAAUACUGGGAGUGGACAGGCAUAUCCUCGUACUGAUGAGGAACCAGAUUUUGAAGAGACCCCAAACAUUCUUGUCAGUUCAAAGUGGACGGCUAUAUGGGUUUCUUGGGGUGGGGGUUUCAUUUCAAUAGGACGUCACGGAGAAUCAAAACCAAUAUUUUUAGACGAAUUUAAGAAAAAAAAUACUAUAUCAAGUCUGUACCCUGAAAGUUUCUUUCAUUAUGGAAUAAUGGGUACAGGAGUUUUGUGGAGUAUGCAAACUUGCGAGGAAAAAUGUGAAGUUCACACAACGUUUGGCUUAGAAUUCGUGAGAGUUUGGCCCAUGCUGCAGAGCAAUAGCAGUUAUGACGCACAAUUUUAUGUGAGAGCCAGUCACAAGGCAGUAAUUCAACUGAUACAGACCCCCGCUGUACCAUUUCCAUGCUUUUCGAUAGUUAUAGGUCAGUCUGAUAGCACACUUCUUCUUUAUCAAGAGAAACAAACUUCUUCAAAAAAAAUUUUAUUAGACCUUGAGACCAAGCACAUUCUUGACUUUUGGACAUGGCAUGAUUUUACCAUUAGGUACCUUAUUUUUGGAAUGGCAAUACAGUUGUUUUGGCAUCGUGAUUAUGGCCGGGAAGAAGUUUUUUCUGUCGAACAUGUAAGUGUCCCAGCUGUUAGGUGGUUCAGUAUUGGAAGUGAUAACACAAUUGCACAAUGGACACUCUUUUGUGCACCAGAAGAGGAAAAUGCCGUGGAAGCUCCUUGGUUUCCUAAUUGCGUGUCAAGCGCUGCUGAUUCAAGAUACGAAGGCUCUCAGUGGACAACUGCUAAUCAAAUUCCUUGUAUUCCCUGGAUAUCGAACAAAAUUCCAGAGGAUUAUAAAAAGGAUGAUAUUUUUAUUGAUGGAUCUGCUCUUAAGGCUCUGAAUAAAUGCAGAAAUCCCACAAAAGAUACUGACGGUCCCUUUUGCUUUACAUUAUCGCAGUCUGAAAUCUCUGCCAAAAAACAAUAUUGCCCUAUCAGAAGAUGCAGAUCUUCCGAAUGUCGAAUGGCAGGAACGGCCAAUGACUAUUUAGGGACAUUGUCAGUAACUCGGUCAGGUCGUAAGUGUGCUCCGUGGGUGUCUGGAUAUGAAACAGUUCCAAUUCCUACAAAAAAUACUUCACUCGAUUCCUUGAUAGCCAUAGCAUUGGUUACUCUGAAGGUGAAUAGAGAAAAUUCUUUGAAAUAUGAUAUGUUUGAUACGCCAACCGAAGAAUGGGAUAUAAUAGGUCUGCGUUCACGGCCACUAGAAAGUGAGGUAAAAUUAAAGCAUAAUCAGAGAAAAUCAAGGCAACACAGAUCUAAUUCAAUUAGUAGUAAUGAAUCUUCGGAUCCACAUGACCAUUAUUACGACAAUGAUUUGUCUGGUGGAGAACCCCUUAACGGAACUGCUCGGAUGCAAUACAUGUCGACAACUCACUCCGAACGAUCAGAAUCAUCCACUCUGACCCAAGUUAAUUCACAACCAACGCCUCAACUACCAACAACCGAGAACCAUAGUUCUAAUCCAACAAGUGAUGAUAAUCAUGACGAUACUUUAGGAUCCCGUGAGCAGCACCACGACGACGAUUUGCUUAGUGAAGAACCUCCUCAUGAAACUACUUCUACGCAGCACGUGUCAACGACACACCUGGAAUCACCAGAAUCAUCAACACUGGCCCAAGUUAAUUCACAACCAAUGACUCAACUACCGACAGCCAAACAGCAUACAUCCAUUCCAAGCACUGAUGAAGAUCAUGACGAUGUAUCGGAACCCUAUGAGCAAUAUGAUGUCGAUUUGCUUAGUGACAAAUCUCCUAUUGAAACUACUUCGAUGCAACACGUGCCCAAAACACAAUCCGAACCACCAGGAUCAUCCACUCUUACUCGAGAUAAUUCGGAACCAACGACUCAACUACCGACAACGAAACAGCAUCGAUCUGAUUUAUUCAAUAGCGAACCUCCCAAUGAAACUACUAGGAUGGGACAUGUGCUCACAACCCACUCCGAACCACCAGGAUCAUCCACUCUUACUCGAGAUAAUUCGGAAUCAACGACUCAACUACCGACAACGAAGCAGCAUCGAUCUGAUCUGCUUCAUUACGAACCUCCUGAUGAAACUACUGGGAUAGAACAUGUGACGACAACACAAUCCGAACCACAAGGAUCAUCCACUCUUACUCGAGAUAAUUCGGAAUCAACGACUCAACUACCGACAACGAAACAGCAUCGAUCUGAUCUGCUUCAUUACGAACCUCCUGAUGAAACUACUGGGAUAGAACAUGUGACGACAACACAAUCCGAACCACAAGGAUCAUCCACUCUUACUCGAGAUAAUUCGGAAUCAACGACUCAACUACCGACAACGAAACAGCAUCGAUCUGAUCUGCUUCAUUACGAACCUCCUGAUGAAACUACUGGGAUAGAACAUGUGACGACAACACAAUCCGAACCACAAGGAUCAUCCACUCUUACUCGAGAUAAUUCGGAAUCAACGACUCAACUACCGACAACGAAACAGCAUCGAUCUGAUCUGCUUCAUUACAAACCUCCUGAUGAAACUACUGGGAUAGAACAUGUGACGACAACACACUCCGAAUCAUCAAGUUCACCAGAGAUUGCUCAAGUUCAUUCGCGGCCAACGACGCUACUACCACCAUCUAGUCACCCUUCGAAAAUCCCUUCAUCAAACAAGCUCUCUCAUGCAACCUCUCCAUCAGGAUCAAUAAAUGGCAAUAAUAGAACUACGCCGAUAAAAUAUAAGGGUCCAAGACCAAUACACGAAGUUGAUCCGCGAUACCUGAAUGAUACCCUUUACCCUGAACAAAGUGCUAUAAAUGCUAGUAAUUACUGUCGGAAUCCUUCUCGUAACAUUGCUGGUACAUGGUGCUACACAACCGAUCCACAGGUGCCACAAGAUCUUUGCAAUGUUAGAGACUGCGAACAGCCAGAAGAAUGUACUUUCAUUGUCCGAGGCAUGGGUGCGGGCCGACGCUUGUACGUUUUGCCAGAAUAUCGUUCUGAUGGACUUCACUUCUCCCUCAAAGAGUGGGAACCUGAUCGACCAGACUCAAUAACGUUUGUAAUACUUAGUGAAGAUGGAAUAGGAUCUCGUUUCUUCUUGAAAGUUGGGGCUAUGAAAAAUGAGAAGGUAGUUUUGUUCUAUGAAACUAGAGACCGUGGUAUGAGAUUGGUGAAAGAAAAAACGUUACCUCAUCUCUUAUAUCUUGGAAAGUGGACUGGAUUUAGGCUCCGUAUGAAGCGUGGGGGUGUAGAGCUCUAUUAUGAAGGUGCCCCAUAUCCAUUAUUCGAAUGGGAAGAUUCGGAUUCUGCUAGAGCCUUUCUCCCAGUAUAUUAUUACUAUAGCAGUGAACUUAACAAUGCAAUCGGAGUUGCUUUCAAGUGUGAUACAAAAUGUCACAUAGAACACACAACUACGGACCGAUUUACUAGAAUACUCCCAAUUUCGAUAUGGGAGAAGGAAGAGACACCGAGUCCCCAGAGAUUGGUGAUAAUGCUCCGUGGGGAAGGAACUGUACUCCUUCCUUUACUUAUGAUGCCCAGUACACCUGGGUACUACGCAUUGAUUAUUGGAGAAUUGAAACAAUGGGUGUAUUUGAUAAAAAACAACCUUCCUAUGGUUCACGUAUUGCAUAAGCAGGAUACAAAAGGAAUAUUGUUUACCAAAAACACUUGGACUAAUAUAACAGUACAGUUUCAGAAUUACACUUUGCUGGUUCUACGCAACGAUACCCAGGUACUUCGUUAUGUUCACCACUCACCGUUUCUUUUCUACUUCUUUUCGCUCUCUGUCGACAAAGGUGGCUGGGUAACUUGGACUGCGAAUUGUGUACCUACAGAUAUAGAUGGAGCACCUCUGGAUGGGGGCUGGUCUGAAUGGGGACCUUGGAGUUGCAGUGCCAGUUGUGACGGAGGUAUGGGAGUAAGGAAGCGAGUAUGUAACAAUCCUGAACCUAAUAUACGAGGUCAGCCAUGCUUAGGAGCCAGUACUAUAAGUGGUCAUUGCAACAUGAACAAAUGUGGAGAUAUUUCGGAUGUUACACUCGAAUCAAUAAAGAGAAGAAUUCGAACACAGCAUACAUCAGUUGUCGCCAAGGAAGGAGAAGGUGUGACUCUUUCUGCCGAUGCGGAGAUAAUUUCUGCAUUAAGGAACGAAACCCUUACUUCGCAAAUUAAUUGGUCUCGUAAUGGGAUCUUUCUAGAACAAGAAGAGGGCAGGGUGAAAUUUGACGACAUUGCAGUCACUAUAUCUCACGCUAUUGUCAAUGAUUCGGGAGUAUACACACAAACGCUGCAUCGAGCGGAUGAUUCUCAUCUCAUCUUCAAAGUCAUUUCACUCGCAAUUAUCCCCACGACCAGAACAAUUCUUAUUCGAGAAACCUUACCUUUUUCUGUUGUUUGCCACUGUGUAGUCUUGGGAUACGUUUACUCAGACCUCAAAGUUGCUUGGACGUUGAACGGCAAAGUUUUCAAAGAUUAUGGGGUUUCAACUCCGAUUGCAGUAAACGUUGACCAUAUUCCCAAGACUAAUCGGUCACAUCAAGGAGAGUGGCGAUGCGAAGUAAUACAAAGUGACUUAAACUUCAAGUGGACUACCAAUGUGAUAACAGUUCGAGUUUUGGGACCUCCCAAUUGGCGUACGCAUUUGAUGGAGGAUAAAGUAACGCGUCCAAUUUUUGGCUGGAUGCCAAACGAAGGCUUUGUCGCGUUCUCUGCAUUUUUUUUAACUUUACUAAUAAUCUUGGGCAUUGCAGUAUCCACGGUGUGGUAUUUAAGAUUUCAAGAUAGUCUCAAGUACAAAGACCCAUUACGGAAGAAAUUAGGGGUGAGCCGUAGAAAUAAACGGUUCGACGAAUCAGAAAGUGAAAAAUUGAUCGACGAAGAGGAAACCGCUGAAUAGCGAUUAUUGACAGAAAACUUAAAAAAUCAAACAAAUAAUAGUAGAAUUGAGAAUUGUGAUCGCUCAACAGUCCAAUGUAAUUUUUCAUAAGCGUGUUUCAGUUUGAUGUAAUUAUAGUUUCGUUGUCGGUAAUAAAAGUGACAAUAAAACAUC